UACUUGAUAACUGAAGGGUGGUAGGUAGUAGACAUAUACCUACCUUGCACACCGUCUCGCCCCGCCAUUCGCCUCCUGUCCGUCCGUCCCGUCAGUCCCUCACACACGGAGCAACAACGGAUGCAAAAGCCGAGGAGAUCGAGGGCGUCCAUCCAACCGAGAACGCAAGCCUAGAGAAGACAACUCAAGCCAGUCCAUCCACAUAGCCGCGCUCUUCAUCUUUAGCUCGGAGCGGAAAUUUCUUCAGUUAUGGAGUCGAGUCGCUUCUGGAUGUGCUGCGCUGGACUCUUAGUCUUGGCGACCAGCUCCUCCCUGAGCCAGGAACAAACCUCGGACCAGGUCCUGAACUCCGGGUGCCUGGCCAACCUAACUCUCGAGAAGUACAAGAGGGUGGCGGACGGAUUCCAGACGGCGCGCGAUGGUCUGUCAAUGGAAGAUUUCCACAACCUGCUGAUGGCGCUGCAGAAAAACCCGCUGCCAACAUCUGUGAUGCCGGUAGUCACUGAACAUCCGUGCAAAGAGACCACUACACCUUCAGGAAACGAAGAAAAAUCCUUCAACUGUUCUGGGUGUCUAACGGUGUCCGACAUCUACUACCACUAUAGAGGCAACCAGGGGCUCAACUACACUAAUCUGCCCGAUGCCCUACAGCAGGCGGUGCUGUCGGUGGUGGACCCCGCAUGUGCACAAGAACCCGUGGAGUCCAACAUGUUCAACAAGCCGACGACAGGGCAAGCAUGGGGGUACGGAUCUGGCUUCGUGUGUCUCAUUUGCAUCAUUUCCAACAUUGGUGGUCUACUCACGCCCGUCAUGUCCAAAAAAUUCUUCCAAAGAAUUCUACAGUUUCUGGUGGCCAUGGGAGCCGGCACUCUCGCUGCCACCGGGCUGCUGGUGCUUAUUCCUGAGGCUUUCCAUAUUGCGUCGUGCGAGCACCUUGCUGAGGACUACAUAUGGAAAGCAGCAACAGCACUCAUUUCCAUCUACGUCUUCUUUACGUCAGAGCGUCUUCUCAAGUGUUUGCUGAGAGGCAAAGAGCUUGAGCGGAUCCGCAGACAAGAGUCGUUUACUGUGGAUCCUCCCACGGAGGACGAGAAGGUGGCGCUGACCAAUUUCGAAGACAAAGAAAACCAGGUCCACGGCCACUCCCACUUCCCCGACCUCUCCAUCAAAACCAUAGAGAAGAACGUGGAUGGUGAGGUCAAGAAGAAGAAGAAGAAGAACCCCGUCAAGACGGUUGCAUGGAUGGUGCUGAUCGGUGACGUCAUCCACAACUUCGUGGACGGCUUGGCGAUCGGCGCUGCCUUCACGGAAAACGUGUACAUGGGGGUCAGCAUCAGCAUCGCCGUCCUGUGCGAGGAGCUGCCUCACGAGCUAGGCGAUAUUGCCAUCUUGCUUCACUCUGGGAUGAGCAUGAGGAGGGCGCUGUUUCUCAACUUCCUGUCUGCGUGCGUCUGCUUCAUUGGCCUGGUGCUGGGCAUCGUGCUGGGCGAGAACACGGAGGCCAACCGCUGGAUCCUGGCCGUGGCUGGAGGACUCUUCCUCUACGUACCUCUUGUAGACAUGCUUCCAGAAAUGAGCGAGAUCCUGGACCUGACCAUGAAGGAGUCAGUCCAAGAGAACAAAGGUGCCUUUGGAAACGAAUUUAAGCAUCUGAUGUUUCUGCAAGGGCUUGGAUUUCUAUUGGGCAUGGCCAUCAUCUUGUCCGUAGUGUACUGCACUGGGCACUUGAUGACAAUCUAGAGAACAAGCAGAUUUAUUCUGGCAUCAUCAUGCAGCCAGAUGCUUCAGCUUCCACACUUCAUGAUUUGCUUAAUGAACUCAGUAAAGUCGACAAUCCAACCCCGUGAACACCUCCACCCUACCGACAUCUAGUCAUUCCAGAUGAGCAUUCUCAUGAAAGGCGAAUUCGACUUCCAACAUGCGAGAAGUGACCUCAGCAGGUUCUCUGUCCCUCCUUCUCCCCAUCCUCUCCAUCCUCCUCUUCCUCCUCCUAUCGCUGGCAGCUUGCAUACCUUGAUGACAUCGUGCUGAAUGAGUCCAGAAAUCUAGAAAUGAAUGCGCUUAAUUAAAAGCAAAUUAAGUUGUUGUGUCCUUGUGUACAAAAAAACCCUUAAAGAAAUCAAAUAAAAAACAUUUAUUUCAAUAGUUGAUUUAACACCGUUUCUGCUGACCUCUUGUUCAGACGACAAACAACAUCAGUGAGUAGGAUGAGAAUGUUCUCUGUUGUGGAUACCUGUAUGAAUAAUCAGUAUUGUGUGCCAAACACCAGCCUGAGCCCUCGUGAGGGCUUUGUGAAUGAGAUUCAAGUAAUGUUUCCACACUGUAUGUAACUUUGACUGCAUGUAAUCACUGUUUUGUAAACAUAAUCAGUGAAAUGAUUAUAUGAUGCAGCAAUGACAUGUAUAUUGUCCUGUAUUUUAUACUGUAAACCGUGUGUUCCAUUUUUGCCUUUCCUUAUUUUGAGGACGCAAGCGUCCAUUUUACACAUUUUGUUAUUUUGAAUAUAUGCAUUAACGAGAUUUGAAAAAUGGAAAAUAAUUACUGUUAAAGCCAGGUUGUUUCACCAAAUAUUUAGUACUUCUUGUUCCGAGUCUAUGCAAAAAGAGUUAUAAAAAGCCUGCUUUGCAGUCUUGUUGUUGGAGAAAUUUCUAUUUGAAUGGUAGAAAACAUAUAUUGAGUAAAGAGACAUGAAAGAAGUAAAGAGGUUGAUGAAAAGUCUGGCUUUGUCCCAGUGCAAGUUGUUAUUUCUAUGCUGGACAUGGAUUCUUAUACCUUUGUUUUUAAAAAUAAUUUUUUUGGUAAAAUGUAAAAAGAUUCUGCCUAA